AUGUCCACCAUCACCGUCCCACAAGGCUUCGGCUACGUCCCACCUGCCGCCUUGUUCCUUCUCGGCGUUCUAGUCUGGCAAACAUCUAGAGUGGGCAGAUCGAGGGGAAAGGCUGGGAUUAAAUAUCCCCAAGUCUAUGCCGAUGCUGCUCAGCAGGCUGCUUCCAAGGAAGCUAUGGUAUUCAACUGUGCUCAAAGAGCACACCAAAAUACAUUGGAGGCUCUCCCUAUCGUCUUGACAACCACAGCAAUCACCGCUCUUCAGUACCCUAUCGUCGCAGCGGGUGGAUUAGGUGUUUGGGCCUUCAGCCGUAUCUUCUACACUCUUGGAUACAUGACUGGCCAGCCAGAAAAGGUGUGUAGAUAUCGCGUCUUCAUUGAUGAACUGUGUCGUUGA